CUAUGGCGGGUUUGAAUGAAUCUCAUCCUAAAUCCCACUUUGGAUGAAGCUCCACCUCUCAGAACCCACCGCGGCAUCGUCACGUCACACGACUUCCUCACUACUCCACCCGCAGCAGCCAUGAUGCAAGAAGGGCUGGACGAUGGUCCCGAUUUCCUCUCGGAGGAGGACAGAGGACCUAGGGCAGUCAAUGUUGACCUCCAAACUGAUGCAACACUUCAAGUAGAUAUUUCCGAUGCAUUGAGUGAGCGGGAUAAGGUUAAAUUUACCGUCCAUACUAAGAGCACUCUUCCUAACUUCAAGCAGAAUGAGUUCUCAGUGGUGAGACAGCACGAGGAGUUCAUCUGGCUUCACGACUCUUUUGUGGAGAAUGAAGAAUAUGCAGGCUACAUUAUUCCCCCAGCCCCACCAAGACCUGACUUCGAUGCUUCCAGAGAGAAGUUACAAAAACUUGGGGAAGGUGAAGGUUCCAUGACAAAAGAAGAGUUCACCAAAAUGAAACAGGAACUUGAAGCGGAAUACUUGGCUAUCUUCAAGAAAACAGUGGCAAUGCAUGAAGUGUUUCUUUGCCGUGUGGCUGCCCAUCCUGUCUUGAGGAAAGACCUGAACUUCCAUGUGUUUUUAGAGUACAACCAAGACCUGAGUGUACGAGGUAAAAACAAGAGGGAGAAGAUGGAAGAUUUCUUCAAGAACGUGGUGAAGUCAGCAGACGGUGUGUUAGUGGCUGGGGUGAAGGAUGUAGAUGAUUUCUUUGAGCAUGAGAAGACAUUCCUUUUAGAAUACCAUAAUCGUGUCAAAGAUGCCUCCGCCAAAUCUGAUAGAAUGAUCAGGUCUCACAAAAGUGCUGCAGAUGACAUCAAUAGAAUCGCCUCCACACUGUACACUUUAGGAACCCAAGACUCCACAGAUGUGUGCAAAUUUUUCUUGAAAGUCUCUGAGCUGUUUGAGAAAACACGGAAAAUAGAGGCUCGAGUGGCUGCGGAUGAGGACCUAAAACUUGCCGACUUACUAAAGUAUUACCUCAGAGAGUCACAAGCUGCUAAGGAUCUGUUGUACAGACGAGGGAGGGCCCUGGUUGAUUAUGAGAAUGCAAAUAAAGCUCUGGACAAAGCCAGGGCAAAAAACAAAGAUGUGCUUCAGGCAGAGACCAGCCAGCAGGUGUGCUGUCAGAAGUUUGAGAAAAUCUCAGAGUCUGCGAAGCAAGAGCUCAUAGACUUCAAGACAAGACGAGUAGCAGCCUUCCGAAAGAACUUGGUGGAGCUUGCAGAACUGGAACUGAAACAUGCUAAGGGUAAUUUACAGUUAUUGCAAAGCUGUCUCGGGGUCCUCAAAGGAGAUACUUAGAUGUGUACUAAAGGUUCACUGUACAGGGCAUUCCCUGCUUUGGUCUUGUCUUAACAAAGAAGAUGGAAGAGAGCAUAUCUGGGGUCAGUUUGUUUUCAGGAUGUCUGUUCGUAGUCAUGACUACAACGAGACACCAAACUUCCUCCACAAACCCUGGGAAAAACGUCAGGAAGCCGCUUUGGAAUACCUUCUAUGUCCACACAGCACAAGAACCUUCAUUAAAUCACUUCAACUUUUUAAUUGUUAAAAAUGUCUCCCAAUUUAUAUAAUUUGUCAUGUUUGUCCAAAUUAAUUAUUUGUUAUUAUUUUGCUUUGUAAUGAGGCCAAUAGUUUCAGUAAAACCAUUUCUGUGAUGCUGCUCAGUUUGAACUUGAGCUGAUUGUUACUAUUAUUAAAGUGUGUCACUAAAAGCCUUGUACAUGUUGUAUUAGUUCUUACUCAACUGCUAAUGAUUGUUUUAAUCUUUACUAAUACCUUUACUUAAAAAUUCAUACAAAUGAUGUUAUUGUUUUUUCAUUCCAGACAAGUAAUGCUUCGUAUGUUUGCCUUAAUGUAGAUUAAUCCUAUCAAGUAUUGUAAAAAAAAAAACAAAAAAAAAACAAUACCAACUAAAAAAACAUAAAUGGAUCAAUUUCUUUGUUUUCCCCAGAUUUUUUAAAGUGCACUGUAUAUGACUGGUUUUUUUCCACUCUGUGACCAAAGCUUCCAUUGUAUUAGAUGGAUGAAUGCUGAAACAAAUUAUAGUACUGAUAAUGAUAACAUGAUUAUGAAAAUAUGAAUAAUAAAUGAUACUGUUUACCUUA